AUGUCUAAACAUAACAUUGUUUCGUACAAUAUAUUACUUACUUUAUAUGGUCUUUAUCGUCAAUCCGAUAAAGCUUUAAGUUGUUACAACCAAAUGCAUCAACAAGAUCAUCGACCAGAUGAUAAGACAUAUGUUAUACUUCUUCAUACAUUAAGUCAAACACCAAAUAAAAUCAAUGAUGUAAAACGUAUAUUUUUCAAUAUUGAAGAAAAUAAACGUGGACCUAUGUUAACGGCAGCCAUGAUAGCUGCAUUGAUUCGAGCACAAUUAUUUGAUGAAGUAAAUGAAUUAUUAAAAAAAUUACCUAAAGAAAAUAUUUUAUUCUAUGCAAUAAAAGCAAAUAUAAAUGAAAAAAUAGAUAAAUUUAAUUAUCCAAUAUUAAUAACAAAUGAACAAUUAGCAUUAUAUGAUUUAUUAAUGAGUAAUAUAUAUACAUAUGCUGGUUUAAAUGAUCGAUUAACAACAAUUGAUGAAAUGUUAUAUGAAAAUAAUAAAUUAAAAAAUAUGUUAUCAUAUUCUUGGUUUGAAAAAUCGAAUGGAAAAAUCGAAUAUUUUAAAAGUACAAAUUCACAAUUAGAAAUUUGUGAACAUACAGAAAAGCUAGCACUUGACAAUGCAUUAGAAGAACAAAAAAACCUGUCAUUACCAAUUCUGAUUGGAAAAAAUCAUCGUAUAUGCAAUGAAUGCCAUGAAUAUUUUAAAAAAGUUUCUUUUUCUUCUGCUUCUAAAAAAAAUAUUUACUUACGUGAUUCAACUCGUAUUCAUUUAUUUUCAUGUGGCUUGUGUUCUUGUGAAGUUACUUGA